AAAAAAAAGUUACUUGUCCCCUGAUUUUGAAAUCCAGUGUUUGUAUCACUCUGUCUCCUCAGUAGUGGAUGAGAAACGUGCAGACCAAUCAAUAAAGUAGAACAGAGCUCCACCUCUCUGAAACAAACAGCGCUGUAUCUCCUGUCUCUACUGUGUUUCUUUCCAAUCAGCUACCAGAAAAAUCCAAGAUAUUUUGAAAAAGAAGAUUCCACAUACUGGCUUGGAAUAACAUGAGGGUGAAUAAAAGAUUACAGAAUUUUCAAUUUUGGGUGAACCUUUUGUUUAAGUUCCCCAACAGCACUACAGCAACUGAAUGCAACUAAAACAUGUUCAGUUUAAUAUAGAAUUUGACACAUUAUGUACUGCCUGUGCACCCUGCGUCUUAAAUAUAACUUUUUUCCAGAGUCCUUCAGGUGAGCAUUCUUGUCGUUCAAACAGUAGUGUGCAGUGCUAGCAAUGCUAACAUUACUGGUUUAAUUCCCAGGGAAUGCAAGAACUGAAUAAAAAUAUACUUUGAAGGUAAUGUACUGUAAGUCAUGAUUUGAGUCAAAGCUUGAGAAUAAUUGGAAUUCAAAUUAUUGAAAUAUUACUGCCAUGUUGGUAAAAACAUAAAUGACCACAUUCUUAAUUUUUCCAAAUUAAGAUAAAAUGUCAGAUCAAAUCUAAGGUGUAUGACUAUAGCGGUUGUGAGGGUGAAGUCUGACUGGCUUGAGGUAAAUACUGAGAAAUAUCAAGAGUUUUUGCUUAUACUGUAUACAGGUGUACAUGCCAAUAUUAGAUUUUUUGUUUGGAUGAAUCAAAAAACUGUCUGAAGCAGAAUUCACACAUUCACCUUCAUAUGUGAAGACAAUUAUUCUGUAUUGUUAAUUGUGCAUUUGUGAACACUUCCUGCUCGAUGUGUAAGGAAGUGACAAUUUCACACCACAAUGCACAUUCCUCCUGCAGCUUCAGUGAUCAGAUGAGACCAUGAAGCUGUUUGGACUGCAUUUCUCUGCUGUGUGGAUGUUGUGCUGCUGCUGCUGCUGUCUUGUGUAUGGCAGAGGUCAUGGUUUGUGUAUUAAAGAAAAGCUCAUUACAAAAAUCUAUUUAACCACAGAACUGCAAUCUAAAGUCCUGCUGCCGUGCCUUUUUGAACCAGCUCUCUUUGGAUCAGACCUGACCAUGAGUUCGAGUGCUCUGUGGACUCAGAUUAAUAAUGAAACAGUUGACUACAUUUUAGAGAUCAUAGUAAAUGGUCAGAUAAGCUUCUGGAAUAACAGACACAAUAGAAUUAAUGGAUUCGGUGAUGCUGCUGCCUCUGAAAACUUCUCCAUCCUGAUUAGAGAUGUGCGGCUCUCUGAUCUGGGUCUCUACCGCUGUCAACUGUACAGAGACUUCAACUGUUCUCUGGGCUAUAAAGAGAUAGAAAUCAGUCUGGCUGCUGUCGAGUUUUCACUGCUCCGUAACUGGCAGCUCAUAGCUGCAGGAGGAGGAGGAGGAGGAUUUCUGCUGCUCUGUCUGGUCUCUGUGUGUGUUUACUAUACAUGGACAAAACGUGCAGCAGUUGAUGCGAUGACCUACACAACAGUUGUCUUAAAGGCACUGCCAUGAAUGCAAGGGUAAA